AUGCCAAGUAAGUUCAGAGAGGCCCUGUUGACAGAAUUGCACUCCACGCACACGGGGACGAGCUGCAUGAAGGCGAUCGCGCGUUCGUAUUUUUGCUGGCCGGGGAUCGACAAUGAUAUUGAAAACACGGCGUGGAAUUGCGAAAAUUGUGUACAGGUUAGACCCGCACCACCAAAACCAGUGCUAACGCCAUGGAAGUGGCCGGAACAAGUGUGGAUGCGCAUACAGGUAGACUUUUUAAGGCUUUACAAAAAUACAAUGUUUUUAAUAGUAGUCGACGCGACUUCAAACUGGCUCGAAGUGUUCGAGGUAAGCACGAGUUCGGCGUCAGUGGUAAUCGUAAAAAUGCAAGACAUUUUUGCUCGUUUCGGGGUCCUCAAGUCCAUAACUACCGAUGGAGCCAAGGGUUUCACAGGUACGGAAUUUAAUACGUUCUGCGUCAACGGGAACAUAAAAUACUUGGUGGGAGCUCCGUUCCACCAGGAAACAAACGGGGCAGCCGAAUCAGGGGUUAAAAUAGUAAAAAAUUUCUUUAAGAAAAACCAAACAACCAGCGCGACGCAGUUACAGAAAUUCCUGUUAUUUUACCGCAAUACACCGCACCAGUUCCGGUUCCAGUUCCGGUGUUCAGAAAUUAGACAACCACGGUUUUAA